AUUAUUCUUACCUCUAUGCAAUUUUUGUUGAAGUGCAACCUCAACAACAUACACAAAUAUUUCGGGCGAGGAUGGCGCUGCUGUCCAGCAGUCUGCGGCACCGCAUCAGGGAGUGCGGCGAGAAGCGCGCGGCGGACUCGCGCAGGAAGAUGGCCUGCCUGGUGGCCGACUACCUGCAGGAGGAGGGCUACCACCGCACGGCCGCCUGCUUCCGCGACGAGGCGCCCCUGCUGCGCCACUACGAGCUGUGCGACAACGUGAGCCUCUCAGGGGUGCUCACCCAGUUCGAGGAGUACCACUCGCUCCGGUUCCACAAGGAGGCCAAGGUGUGCAAGAAGUCGCCGGACGGGCCUCCUCAGCAGGACAAGACGAGCAGACCUCUGAAGACACGCGGCACCAGCCCACCCGGGGCUGACGGGCCUCCUCAGCAGGACGUGACGAGCAGACCGCUGAAGACACACGGCACCAGCGCACCCGGGGCUGAAGGGCCUCCUCAGCUUGACGUGACGUGCAGACCGAUGGAGACACGCGGCACCAGCCCAACCGGGGAGACACCGGAGCUGUCCUGGGAUGACGUGGUGGGCCAGCAGCGGGCCAAGAGUGCUCUCAUGAUGGCGGUGGUGUACCCGGCCAAGUACCCGCAGCUGUUCCGUGGACUCGUGCAGCCUGCCCGCAGCAUGCUCCUGUACGGCCCGCCAGGCACAGGCAAGACGAUGCUGGCGAGAGUGGUGGCCCACCACAGCCAGGCCACGUUCUUCGACGUGCCGGCCAGCUCCGUGGUGAGCAAGUGGCGCGGCGAGUCAGAGAAGUUGCUGGGGGCCGUGUUCCAAGCGGCGCGCUCCCAGGCGCCCGCCAUCGUCUUCAUGGACGAGCUGGACUCCAUAGCGUCUCGGCGCGGGCUGGACGGCGAGCACGAGGCCUCCAGGAGACUGCUGGCCGAGCUGCUGCUGCUCAUGGACAGGCUGCUCUCCCAGGCCGACGAGCGCCUGUUUCUCCUGGCGGCCACCAACGUGCCCUGGCAGCUGGACCCGGCAGUGCUGAGGAGGUUCGAGGCGACGGAGCUCGUGGACUUGCCGGGCCAGCAGGACAGGGAGCAGUGUCUGCGGCGGUGCCUGCCCGGCCGGGUGAGCGAGCAGCCACCAGUGUCGGCGGCGGUGGAGUACGGCGAGCUGGCGGCUCGCACAGCCGGCCUGUCGUGCUGCGACCUGCACGCCGCUUGCAAGAAGGUGAUCCUGCAGCAGGUGUGCGCGGCGGCGCAGGUGUUGGAGCAGGGUGGCAGCCUGCAGCAGGUGCGGCCCUCGGUCAUCACGACCCAGCAGGUCUGCGGGACCCUGCUCGGCACGAAGCCCUGUGAUCCCAGCCUCGUCGCGCGCUACCAUGCCUGGCAGGGCCACCUUCCCGGCUGAGGCACGCAUCUUCUCGGCCGAAAACGACCUUCGCUUUCACUUUCUGAUAGAAAAAUAUAUUAGUAUUGUUACAUGUGGACGUGUUUUUACUGAAAUAAUUAACAAUUAUUUGUAUAUUUCUUUGAAAAUAUAAACAAAAAUUAUCUGAAA